UAUUUGUUCUCUAGCGGCUUUUAGAUGUUUCCUAAAUCCUAGUUCCUCCUCCCCUGUUUUAGGUUCCGUUUUGUAGAAAUUGACAAACAAAAGAAUUCCAAAUAAAAACAAUUUUAAAUUCCAUAGAAGAAAUGGUUCAGGUCAACCAAUCAGCAAUCACCAUCCUAAACGCCGGCUAAUUCCCUGAUUAAUGCUUAAUCACAACUUUUGUGUGUUCUGUCUGAAAUUACACUUCAACAAAACCACAAAGUCAAAAACCAACAACAAACAAUGGUUCGUUAAUAGUAUCUUUCAACCGUCUCCUCUCUCCUCACUUCUUUGCUUUUGAUAAGAUUGGGUCCUUAAGAAGAGUUCUAUGGCGCCUGGACGAUCCCAAUUGCAGCCAACAGAGAAGGGUUGGGCUACAACAGUAUGUUGUUCUGCUUCUUCGUCGUGCUUACAGCUUUACUGGGCUCGUUUUCUCGUACGCAAAUGGUUUAAUAUCUCAGCUACUGAAUCAGAUCAUACCCCUGAUACUGAUGAUACUGAUGAUGAUGAUAGUGUUGCAGACUCUGACAUUGAAGGAAUUGAAGAAGCUCAUGUUGAUAAUGAUGAUGCUGAACCAAGGCUGAGGAGAAGGAAUUCAGAAACCUUUAGGGGGCAGUAUAUGGACACUAAAGCAAUCAGAAUCUGUGUUGGAACUUGGAAUGUUGGAGGAAGAGUUCCACCUGCUGACUUAGAUAUUGAUGGUUGGGUUGACACCAUUGAACCUGCAGAUAUUUAUGUCCUCGGUCUUCAGGAGAUUGUUCCACUAAACGCUGGAAACAUUUUUGGUAUUGAAGAUGACCGGCCUGCUUCUGAAUGGGAGGAUACUAUACGUGAUGCUCUAAAUAGGAUUCGACCUAGAAAGGUUAAGAUAGUAAGUUACAGUGAUCCGCCUUCUCCGUCCAAGUUUAAGCCAUUUGAAGAAGUCACUGAUGUAGUAGAUGAUAUGGUUUUCGAAAGUAGUGGUGAUACUUGCAAUGUGAUUCAUGAGAACUUUAGCUUCGAUGAUGGUAUUGUGGACACUAAUUAUGACAAGAGAUCUUGCUUGCCAAGACAAGAGUAUCUGCAAAGGCAAUUCUCAUCGCCAAAGACGUUGGACAGGUUGUUUUCUAUGCAGCUAGACAAUGGUUCCACACGCGCAAAAAGUUUAAGCCGAUGGUUUAGUUACUCUGAAAGAGUUGGUUUGAGUUGGCCAGAACCUCCAUUGAGAUUGUUAAAUCAACAUGUUCGAGAAAGACGUUGUUCAUUAAAGCCUUUUAAGAAUUAUAGCUCUUUCAAAGCAACUGGCAACAAGAAUGGAGAGAACAAGACGCCUCUACUUUCGGAUUUAGAUCUCAAGCCUCUUAUGAAUGUGAGAAAACCAUCGUAUGUACGGAUUGUAAGUAAACAGAUGGUUGGAGUCUUUCUCACCAUUUGGGUACGGAGGAGCUUACGCAAACACAUACGAAACCUUAGUGUGUCUACCGUUGGUGUUGGUGUUAUGGGCUACAUUGGUAACAAGGGUUCUGUGUCUGUGAGCAUGUCAGUAUAUCAGACACCUUUUUGUUUUGUAUGCACACAUUUAGCAUCAGGGGAAAAAGAUGGAGAUCACAGAAAAAGAAAUGCUGAUGUUAGCGACAUACACCGUAGAACGCAGUUUCAUCCUCAUUCUCUUAGCGCGACGAGGCUUCCAAGAAGUAUCCGUGAUCACGAAAGAAUAAUAUGGCUGGGAGAUCUGAACUAUCGGAUAAAUUUAUCGUAUGAGAAGACACAUGAACUUAUUGCAAGAAAGGACUGGAAGAAGUUAGCUGAGAAGGACCAGCUUACAAGAGAAAUGAGACAAGGCCGUGUAUUCGAGGGAUGGUCAGAAGGGACACUAGAUUUUCCACCAACUUACAAAUACGAAUUUGAUUCAGAAAACUACGGAGGAAACGAUCCCAAGUCAGGGAAACGGACACCAGCCUGGUGUGACCGCAUUAUAUGGUAUGGGAAAGGAAUGAAGCUUAUGAGUUACAGAAGAAGUGAAAUUAAACUCUCUGAUCACCGGCCGGUCACAGCUACAUUUGUGGUAGAGGUUGAAGUUUUCUCUCCUCGGAAGCUUCAGCGUACGCUCACGCUCACCAAUGCAGAAAUUGAUAGCCAUGAAGCUUUUGUACAUGAUUAGCUCUAUGCUAGAGUCUGAUCCAUUUUUCUUUGCAAAUGACUUGCUGUUCAUAUAUUCUAUUUUUAAAAUGUGGCUUCAAAGAAACGUCUAUGUUUAAAGUUGGAAGUUGGAACGGUGUAUAAAAGUGUUAGCGUGAAAGACACAAAGUUGGAACGGUGUAUAAAAGUGUUAGCGUGAAAGAGAAGACUAAUACUA